AAGGGGGCCGAAUACUUUCGCAAGGCACUGUAUUUAAUAGUAGAUUUCAGUAUUCAGUUUUCUGUUUCUUCUGCAACAGCAGCAGUACGACAGAAGUACUUUAUUAGCGGGGAUAGGUUGGUUUCCUGUCAUUUAGGAGAUUCACGGGGUCUGUCAAGACCUGCCAGACUAUUUUCUUCUGCCCUCUGUACACCAACCAAAGUGUGGGAGGCUAUUUAGUUCCAUUAAAAGGCUUUGUUAGUCAUUCGUUAGUCUGGAAAGUGGACAGUAAGAGCAGAGAAAAAUGGGAUAAUUGAGCUCUAAGUGUUCAUGAGGUGGAAUAAAGUCCUGGACUGGUUAGUUCUUUGCCACUGUAAUAUAACUUAAUUCCCUCUUUUUUGCAUUUGAGUUGGGGUGCUGUAAAACACUCGUCCCUCACUGAGACAAGUUUCCUGGCCUGAUGCCACAAUGUUUGUGUCAGUUUCCUGAAUGAUCUUUCCUAACUUUCCUGAAUUCUAUUCUGUAUAUAGAAUUAACUCUAUUUGAUCGUUUCAGUAUCUAAAAUGUCUUAGGUGAGCUACACAAAUGUUUUUUAAUAUGGCAAUUUUGAAGGACCUCAAAAUGAUUUUUCGAAAAGGUCUAAUAGAGUAAAUAGGUAGUUCUAACAAGGGUCUGGAUCGCUUCAUUUUGGGGAAUGGCAUUCCCAGUUUCUGUUGGAGGAAGUGAAGAGCAAUCUUGUGUGUACCUGGGUGAACCGUUUUUUCCACAGUAAGCUGAAAAGCUGUGUAAAAAGGCAUUUUAAAUCUAGAAUAAGAAAACCCAAGCCAAGUAAGGUGUGUGUGUGGGGGGGUGCAGUAUCUUCUUUUUAUUAUCUUUCUUUUCCAUUUUUAAUAAUAAACACUAGGCGGACUGCUAAGUUUUGUGCUUUGUUCCUCCAUAUGCAUUUGAAGGCUGAGCUGCACUUUUAGACCUAUUUUUAUUGGCACUGAAAGAAACUAGUUCACAUGCUGCAUACUCCACACAAUGUGCUUUCAGCAAAGACUGAAGCUCUGAAGUGAGGAGGGCACGUGAUGUGCUUUAUUUUCUUUUGAUUGUUGCUUGUUUUUACUAAGUUUUACAAAUGCUUGAUUGUUUUAAAACUGAAUGUAUUAUAUAAUAAAUGAAGAACAAAUGAAAAGUGAUCCCUUUUGGUCAGAGCUGAGGAUAUUGGGAUGAUAUAUAUAUAUACAGGGCAAAACAAAUAUCACUGGAUUGUGCAAAAAUGUAGCAUUCGUUUAAAACAGCCUGCUUUCAAGUGCUUCUUGGUCUAGAAGAAAAAAAUGAUGGGGAUGGCUGGAGAUGACGUAUCUCCACAUGUAAGUUAUGAGUAUUGAAAGAAGCAUAUUCUAUGCAUGUUUUUAGAAAAAUAAAGUUUACAGAUUUUGGAUAUUGGUGACAUGUUUUUGGUAUCAUUAGGCUGAAUUGAUCAUUCAUGGCUGACAGCACUUCAGUGUCUCUGACUCUAAGCAAAUCACGUCAUGGGGGAUGAUAAAGUACAGUGAGGUGUUUUUAAGCUCUUUAACACUAGAGAAAACCAAGGUUUUCUGUCAACCGCCCAGAAGAAUGUCAGUGUGUGUGGUGUUAAUCUGCAGUAUGAAGCACUAAUUAUCGUUAAAAAACAGUUCUGUUUCAAGGGAUCUACUACCUGUUAUCAAUAAUAUCAAAAGUGAGAUCAGUUGAUUUAGUUUAUCACCUGCAGUUUUCUAAUAGUCCCAGCUGGAUCUGGGUAUCUGUGUUCAGUCGUAAGGGCUGAAAAUGGUGCCCAUUGGGGCAGCAUAGACGACAUGAUCUUAUCUUACACUUACUUAGUCUAUCUAAGUGAAUAAUUACUGAUGUGUUUGGUCAAGACAUCCGGUUUUCUCCCGAUUGGAAGCGCACCUGCUUUCAACUCCACUUCCAGCAGGGGGCAGCGAGAAAACAUUUUCCGAGACCACUUCUGCCAUGUGAAAGCUGAGUUAGGAAUGAAGAGCUGAAUAAAACAAAACACAUUUUAGUAUUGCAAGAAGCAAAGGAUACAGAAGUCCACAGACACAUAAGCUUCCAAAGCAUGUUGAUACCCUGGCUUUCAAGUAACAACUGAAUGAGAUCCUUGAAGCUGUGAGCAGCUAAACAGCUCUGCUCAUUUGUAACCUUUCUUAUGAUCAUUAAUUUUAACACUAUGCAGCAAGCCUUGAACUUCUGUAAGUCUGGGAGCUAGAGAGUAUGCAUGUACUAGGCACAAAAAACAGUUGUGUUUUAGCAAUUAGAGUAACAACUAGCAGACUCUUGAGGAGAGGAGUGUGGAAUCCCUGCUCUAAUGCCUCUGCAGGAUGUACCAGCAGCCUGUUCCUGUUUACUUUCACAGCUCCUGUUAUUGAGCUGGCUUUCACUGGGAGUGUCUGCGACUGAGUAACCGAACAGAGAAGGAGGGACACAGGCACAGGGUGAGAGAGCCAGAGGGAGAUCGACAGAGAGGAUGAAAUGGCAAAAUUUGAAAGGGGAGUGAGGAAAUGACAGGGUAGAUGGCUCCAUUAUCACAGCAACCAAGGAAACAAGGGUAGAGUAGUUUAGACAGCUGGUGAGGAAAAGGAUUUUGUGUCUUUUUCCUUUCUUCCAGUUUCCUGAAUAAACUGCAGGACCAAUAGCUCCAUCUGCGUCCCCUGGGAAUCAGUUUCAACGAGGAAAUUCUGGAAAUUCUUGUUUCAUUUCUUUGCACACGUUUGCCAAGAACCCUGCGAUGUUGUGGAGCUGAAGUCCAACAUAAAAGGUAACUGGGUGGAGCCAAGAAAAGACUUAACUUAUUGAAAGAUUACUUUUGCCAUCAAUCUGCAGUAAAGGAUAUUGCUGAAACUUUUUUUUUUGGCUGAAUCAACCCUGUAAAAUGUUCCCAAGGUUUUUAGGUUGGUGAAAUGAAGAAAACUGUCCUGGUUCUGUCUAAACUUAGGUUAAAGAUCAACUAGUAAGUCAGAUGCCAUAUUUAGGUUACUAUAGCUUGUUAAUGGACUUCGUAUAUUUUAACGCUUAUAUAUUGCUGCACACAAAUUAUGCAACAAAUGAAGUGACUUUAAAAAGUGACUUUAAAACAUUGCUUUCUUAGUCUGACCACAGUUUAGGGAUCUUUUCCAUCUGAAGACCUAAUUUAUAGCUCUUGGGGGUUAUUGUGAGUUGUGAGUAAUUUAAUUCAUUUCACUUAGCCUAACAUAAAGAGAGACAUCUAUUAGGCCUUUUGAAAAAUCAGGAUGAUUAAGGUGUUGCUUACUGAAUGCUUGCGUUUCCUGAAAAUCAUUUUGUUAUCAAGCAUUAAUACACCAUAGCUGUGUAGUUGUAAAAGGUGAAGAAUAUGUUUUAACUUGCAAAGAGUUCUCAUUUUGUGCUGAUAAACAGGUAUAUAACUAUAUGAAAAUAACCUGUUUAAAUUAAAUAGCCAGUAUUUUAUUACAGAACCAGCACAACAAAUCAUACCAUACAUACUCAGGUCAGGCUGGCCAAAGUCUCAUUUCUCCACCUGCUGCAUGAUCAUAGAUGUGUCUUGGGAAUGUUCUUUACCUGCUCAAGUUAAUAGGUUAGGAUCUCAUGUUUCAGCUUAUCCUGUUGUUUGGUUUGUCCAUACAGAAUCGGUUGACCAAAACUGAAAUAUAAGAAAGGUUACAACCAAGAGGAAGCCAUUAGGCUCAUCUGGAUGCUCAGUUGCUAAUAGCUAAUUAAUCCAAGAGUCUCAUCCUGCUGUUUCUUGAAGGAUGCCAGGAUAUCGGCUUCAACAACAUGGCAGCCUUCUACAACCCCUUCUCAGUUUUGAAUGCACUUCUCUGUGGGUUAGACUGGAGUUAGGUGUUUCCCUGCCGAUUCAGAAGUUUGUUCUUUUAAGUUUGUCAAUAACUUGGGAGAUCUCCAAGGGGGAGGAGUGUAUAUAUCACUUACAGAAAGGACGAGAAUAGUGCUUUUCAGGCAAAAGAAGAAGAUGCACCCAAUACAGUUUCCUUCUUUGACUAUAUCUUUUGAGUGGACAGAGAUCUUCAUUCAGGUUCUUCAAACUAUAAUUUUUAGAAAUCUAUACUUAUUGCAAUACACAUUAAUCAACAUUUUUGGAGUUAGUUUAAUUUAAAAUAGACAGCAAGCCAUAUAGCUUACUUAGUUGUUAGUAGCUAAAUGAUGUGAACAUUUCAUCCAGUUGUUUCUUGAAAGAAUGUAGGCUAUCAUCUUUGACAGUUUGACUGGGUAGAUUUUUAAGGAUCAGAAUAAUUCUUCUGUCAUGCCUAUUAGUAAACCACCUCUGGACAAUCAAAUCUGGACUGGAGCCCUGGGUACCAUUAAGACUGUUAGACAAGCAGUUUGUCUUAAACCGCUGCAAUGAAACAGUACCUAGGUAUUAUUCAAAGGAUGUGGAAUGUGUGCAUUUGAAUAGGCAAAUGAGAGCCUAGUUCCUGCCAGACAUGCUUGCUUCUGAUUGGUCAUGGCAAAAAAAUAAACCACGCCCAACGUCAGUGAGGUGGCACUGAUGCAUUCUGAAAUGUGUGGAGAGUCGGUAUUCUGUAGGUCUGGAAUUCUCCUACAGUCAGCCACCAUACUGUAGAGGUGUGUGAGGUUGGUCUUGACAGAGAGGGCAGACAGCCCCAAGACCCAAAACACAGGGCUGGGACCACCCCACCCUAGACUAGACUGGCACAGCCGCUCUUGAGGAAUCACCAGGCUCUGUGUUUUGAGGUAUGUACACCUGUUCUGUCUGCUCCACAGGGCAUAUGUCAGGAUGUCUCACAGGGAAAUGAGACAUCACACUGCUCUUUUCCUUUGUGAAAUACUUCAUAGAUGCAUUUUGCUGACUUUACAGAUAACACUUUUGCAAUUAUUUACAAAAGGGCUUUUCUUUAUUAUAUUGUACUGUUUUCUAUAUAGAAUGACAUAGAAUGCAAGAAAAUGUUGACAUGGUUUUGAAGUGUCUGGUUCUAAUUUUGCCUCUAGUUGUGCUAUGAUUAGCUGGUAAAUAUUUCACACCUGUUUUAUGGUGUGUUAUUCCAUGGGCAGUCAGAACCGUGUUGCCAGUAAAUCCCUGAAAAUAAAGUUUGGGUUCGGACUGAGUUAUUUGGAAUAGUUUCAACGCUGAAAUGGCUCUUGACGAUCCUUGUUUGCUUUCAGUUUUGUACUAUGAGACAUUUUUUAUCAUGCAUAGAUUCUUGUCUUGAAUUGGACAGUAUGAUUAUACUCGUUGGUGGUGCAGAGGUUAACUAUGCUGACUCGCAUUGCUGGGGCCCCGGGCUCUUUGUCUGACUCGGGAUGCUCUCUAUGUGGAGUUCUCCCUCUGUUUGCGUGGUUUUCCUCCAGGUGCUCCAGUUUCCUCCCACUGCCCUAAAACAAUAUUGGUAGGAUUACUUGCUUCUAGGAAACUUGGCCCCCUGUGUGUGUCUGCGUGUCUGCCCUGCCUUGUGCCUGUUGCUGUCUGGGAUAGGCUCCAGCUCUCCUGCAACCGUGAAUUGGAAAAUUAUGGACAUUAUUAUAUUCUUGUUAGUUUAAUAGUUGUGAAUAACUAUAGCAAUCAGCAGUACUUUGGAGCAGACUGUUGUGAAGGGCACGGUGAUUAAAUAAAUUAAAAUAAUAAUCAUUCAAUUAACUUUUUCUUCAUGCUUAACUUUUUAUGGCUCAUGGGAAAUUGUGUGUCACUAUGAGAUAAGAAGCUGGAAGGACAUGUUCUUCCUAGAAAAACCACAAUGUUGUAUAACAUCCAAAGCCCUGGCACGACAACAAGUUCAUAUUUCUGAAAAUACUCUCUUUUCUCCCCCCAGACAUAUUGUACUGUCGCUAUUCCUGGGCCUGCUGGGUCUGGCAGUCUAGAAAGUUUUUCCAAUAAGGACCCAACUGAAAUCCAGUUGCAUACCGACAUUUCCCAAAACCAACAACAGCUGAAGAGAAGAUUUCUGGAGUGGGCCUGCGGGGUCAGUCGGUGGUGCGGAGGGGAGGAAGAGAGCCGUUGUGUCCUCAUCACAGGGGGGUGUAUGGUACAGGGGUGACCAGCAGUGCACAGACUGGCGGCCAUGUUGAUGAAGAGGCCAGCGGAGGACGACAAUGCCACUCUCAUUGCCUUGGGAGAUGACCCUGAGAGGUACUAUGGCAGUUUGGACAGCGACAAGACUGAGAAAACACAGGCCGAGGAGGGAGAGGCCAGGCCACAGGACAAGAACGUGUUCAGCGAUGGCGUCACUAGGAUUGACUUUGUCCUAGUGUGGGAGGAAGAGGUAAGGGAGAAUCCCAAAGCGACAGAGCCAGAUGGGAAGGCAGCUGGAACAUCGCAGGACAUGCACCAGAAAUACAGGAAGAGGUUCCUGAGCAGGCUGCAGAAAGUUGGCAUCCAGAUGGACAAGAAAGUUGAAAUCCGAGAGAAGACGCGGAUCACCUAUGUGCUCCUCAAUGCCCCCUGGAGCGUGUUGUGUUACUACGCGGAGGAGAUCAGCCUGCGUGUCCCCCUGCAGGUAGUGCCUCACAAGAUGUCCAACUGGUCGGAGAAGGUGCUGCAGAAAUUGGGGAUCGCCAAUGUCAUGCAGCAAGAUGUGCCCAACCCCCCGCCUGACUUCUACACCUGCCAGUUCAGGAACAAUAAGCUGGAGAGGUUUCUUGGAAGUGACAAUCAGGACACUUUCUUCAAGAACACCCAGCGUCACCAGAUUCUCUACGAGAUUUUGGCCCGGAUGCCGUAUGGAGCCAUGAAGAGAGGAGAAGUGGGGAUUGACCGCCUGGUCAGCGAAAACAUUUUCACAGCAGCUUACCCCCUGCAUGACGGAUCGUUUGAACCCCCCCCUGGUCAAGUGCACCCAGAGACCCUGAGCCUCCGUCAGAUUCUGUACCAGUACUGGGCGCGCUGGGCCUGCUGGAAGAAAUACCAGCCCUUGGACCACAUCCGGGAAUACUAUGGAGAGAAGAUUGCCCUCUACUUUGCUUGGCUGGGAUUCUACACAGGCUGGCUCCUGCCUGCGGCCUUCGUGGGGACCCUGGUGUUCGUUUUUGGAAUCUGGCUCAUGAUGACAGACGUGCCUGCGAGGGAGAUCUGCGAUGGCACAGAUAACUUCGUCAUGUGCCCUCUUUGCAACAUCUGCUCCUUCUGGAAUCUCUCCAGCAUCUGUAUCACAUACAAGGCAGGGCUGCUGUUUGACCAUGGGGGAACAGUGUUCUUCAGUAUCUUCAUGUCUCUUUGGGCCGUCACCUUCCUCGAAUACUGGAAACGCACCACCGCCAUCCUUUCCCACCGCUGGGACUGCUCCGAGUUCGAGGAGAUAGAAGAGCGGCCAAGGCCUGAGUUCACUGCAAUGGCACCGAUGACCCUGCGGAACCCCGUGACUGGAGCAGAAGAGCCUUACUUUCCUAAGAGCCUGCGCUUCAACCGCACUAUGACUGGCUGCAUGGUCAUCAUCAUCAUGAUCACGGUUGUCCUCAUGUUCCUGAUUGCCAUCAUCCUGUACAGGACCAUCCUGAGCAUCGUCAUCUACAGGUCGAAGAACCCCUUCUUUAUCUUCUCUGCAGGCCGGAUUGCCAGUCUGACCGGCUCCGUGCUGAACCUGCUGGCCAUCCUCCUGCUGUCCCGGGCCUACAUCUUCCUGGCUCACAUCCUGACUCGCUGGGAGAUGCACAGGACCCAGACAAAAUACGAGGACGCCUUCAUCCUGAAAGUCUUCGUCUUCCAGUUCAUCAACUUCUACUCCUCUCCUGUCUACAUUGCCUUCUUCAAGGGCCGGUUUGUGGGGUAUCCUGGAAAUUACCACACCCUACUGGGAAUCCGGAACGAGGAUUGUGGCGCUGGGGGCUGUCUGAUUGAACUGGCCCAGGAGCUUCUAGUAAUCAUGGUGGGGAAACAGGUCAUCAACAAUGUCCAGGAGUUUAUCUGCCCGAAGCUGAGAAGCUGGUGGCAGAAGAGGAAAUUCCACAAUAAGGAGGCACAGGGGAAGUCGGAUGUGUGUCUCCCACCCUGGGAGGCAGAUUACCAGCUGCUGGUGUGCGAGGGGCUGUUUGAUGAGUAUCUGGAGAUGGUGCUGCAGUUCGGCUUCAUCACGAUCUUCGUGGCUGCCUGCCCCCUGGCGCCACUCUUCGCCCUCCUCAAUAACUGGGUGGAGGUGCGUCUGGAUGCCCACAAGUUCGUGUGCGAGUACCGGCGGCCCGUGGUGGAGCGUGCCCAGGACAUCGGCAUCUGGUUCCACAUCCUGCAGGUCAUCACUCACCUGGCUGUGGUCAGCAAUGCCUUCCUGAUUGCGUUCACUUCCGACUUCCUGCCCCGGCUGUACUAUCGCUACACCACAGAGGGCAGCCUCAAGGGCUACGUCAACUUCACCCUGUCCUUUGCACCAGAGAGCUUCACCCAGAACAACACCAUGUGCAGGUAUCGAGGAUUUAGGGACCAAAAGGGCCACUACUUACCAGAAUAUUUCAAUUUGCUUGCCAUUCGCAUGGGUUUUGUCAUCAUUUUUGAGCAUUUCGUGUUCUUCAUCGGGCGCAUGAUUGACAUGAUGGUGCCGGACAUUCCCGAGGAGGUGGAAAUAAAGAUCAAGAGGGAGCACUACAUGGCCAAGGAGGCCCUGGCAGAGAACCAGUCUCUCGGCCAAAAGGUUUACCUUGAGGAGCCAGAGCAGCCCAUGCAGGAGCUGCGACAGAGGCACAAGGCAGAGCCCCAGCCAGCACUGCCACAGAACAGAACCCCUCCACUGCGGGACACAGACUCCCCUCCACCCACACUGACAACCAUCUCCGAGGACCAGCUGCUGUCCUGACACACACACCCCCCCCCAUAAGGCAGACGUUACGGAGUCUCUGGACUGGACCUUCUGGAAUGGCGGUGAAAGGUGUGAACGGGGUUCCUGAAUGAACCGUCAGGGACCAGAGGGAAAUGGAGAUUCUAGCUGUGGAAUUUCAGUGUUGCAGCCUGGCUCUCUGUCAACACCCCCUGCACUCAAGACACAGAGACAGCGCCAACACUAAUGAUCCCACUUGUCCAGAGUGGCAAUUGUCUUAUUGUAAGAAAUUAGAUUAACACAGGGAGCCGGGUUUGAAUCUCUGCAGAUGGAUUUCUUGCUCUGCCUUGUGAAUUUUCUGAACUCCAGUCUUGUGGGAUGUUUGAGCUGCAGUUUUUCAGCAGGAAAGAAAGUGGGCUGUCUCAGCUGGUAAUUAUAAGAGGAAAAUAUGUAAGCACCCUUACAAACCAUUCGUAAAGUUAAGGGUAGAUUGUGCUGGAUUAGAAAGAUUUCCCUGUGUUGUGCAGCAUCCUCAGAUUCUGGUGUUUCAGUAGAUCUCCACACACCAAAACUGACCCCAGCUCAAACUGUAAUCCCAACUCUCACCCAAAGCAGACCAGUAACAGUUUUCCUUCCAGAUUUCUACUUGGAUGUUUCAAAGAGUUUUAUUUUAAAGGAGAAAUUUGCAUGUCAAAAACAAUCACAGUAAUCCUGUUAAACAGCGCCAUCUGUUGGUUAAAUAUGUCAUCUUCCACAGUCAACUGACGUACCAGUUCAUAUUAAACGUUACAUGUGUCUGUAUUACAUUGUAAGAUACACAAUACAAAAAAACAA